GGGCGGACGGGGCGCUCCCGUCGUGCCCCGCGCUGAGGGGCGGGACUUCCGGCCGGGAGCGGCCGCCAUAUUGCGGGAGCGCUGGGGCCGGCGCUGGUGACAGGCGGAGGCGGAGCGGGGCCGAGCCCGGCGGGCAGCAGACUAAUUACUGAUUGGACUUCAUGAGCAUAAAUCCCCGAGGCUGCUGAACUCCCCAGCCCCUGUCCUUCCAGCAUGGACCAGGAUUACGAGAGACGUCUCCUGCGCCAAAUCAACAUACAGAAUGAAAACACAAUGCCUUGCGUAGCAGAGAUGAGAAGAACCCUGACACCUUCCAAUUCUCCAAUGUCAUCUCCUAGUAAACAUGGAGACAGAUUCAUUCCCUCGAGAGCUGGGGCCAACUGGAGCAUCAACUUCCACAGAAUAAAUGAAAAUGAAAAAUCCCCAAGUCAGAACAGAAAAGCGAAGGAUGCUACAUCAGACAAUGGCAAAGAUGGCCUUGCUUACUCUGCCCUGCUGAAGAACGAGCUCCUGGGAGCAGGGAUCGAGAAAGUGCAGGACCCGCAGACAGAAGACAGGAGGUUGCAGCCUUCCACUCCAGAGAAGAAGUCUCUCUUCACUUAUUCCCUCAGCACAAAACGUUCCAGUCCGGAUGAUGGCAACGAGGUCUCGCCAUAUUCCUUGUCUCCUGUCAGCAACAAAAGUCAGAAGCUGCUAAGGUCGCCCCGAAAACCGACUCGGAAGAUCUCCAAGAUCCCUUUCAAAGUGCUGGAUGCCCCAGAACUGCAGGAUGACUUCUACCUGAACCUGGUGGACUGGUCCUCUCUUAAUGUCCUCAGCGUUGGCCUCGGGACGUGUGUUUACCUAUGGAGUGCUUGUACCAGCCAGGUGACCCGGCUGUGUGAUCUCUCUGUGGAAGGAGACUCAGUGACAUCCGUGGGCUGGUCAGAACGGGGGACCCUGGUAGCCGUUGGCACUCACAAGGGCUUUGUACAGAUCUGGGAUGCAGCUGCAGGAAAAAAGCUCUCCAUGCUGGAGGGACACACGGCCAGAGUUGGUGCCUUGGCAUGGAACGCGGACCAGCUGUCUUCUGGGAGCAGAGACCGAAUGAUCCUGCAGAGGGACAUCCGCACCCCGCCCCUGCAGUCAGAGCGGCGGCUGCAGGGCCACAGGCAGGAGGUCUGCGGGCUCAAGUGGUCGACAGAUCACCAGCUCCUGGCCUCCGGGGGAAAUGAUAACAAGCUCCUCGUCUGGAACCACUCCAGCCUGAGCCCCGUCCAGCAGUACACGGAGCACCUCGCCGCGGUCAAAGCCAUCGCCUGGUCUCCGCACCAGCACGGCCUCCUGGCCUCGGGCGGCGGCACCGCUGACCGCUGCAUCCGCUUCUGGAACACGCUGACGGGGCAGCCCCUGCAGUGCAUCGACACCGGCUCCCAGGUGUGCAACCUGGCCUGGUCCAAGCACGCCAACGAGCUGGUGAGCACCCACGGCUACUCGCAGAACCAGAUCCUCGUCUGGAAAUACCCCUCGCUCACCCAAGUAGCAAAGCUCACGGGGCACUCGUACCGAGUCCUAUACCUGGCGAUGUCCCCUGACGGGGAGGCCAUAGUUACAGGAGCCGGAGACGAAACCUUGCGGUUCUGGAACGUCUUCAGUAAAACUCGCUCAACAAAGGAGUCCGUAUCCGUUCUGAACCUCUUCACCAGGAUACGGUAAACCCCACGUCCCCGGGAGGCUCCGGCCUGACGUACCAGGAUGAAACCACUGCUUUGGUGUGCAUGGGACCCCAGACGAGCGGCCGGGAGGGGAGGGAGCGCCGCCGGGGCUGGAGGACGGACCCCGCAGGCGCUGAUUAAACAGUGCUGGUGACCGGCGCCGGGGCCGUAUUUCGCUGGGGCUGGGGGGGGAGGGAACUGCCAAAGGUUUCUGGAUUCAUCCUUUGUGAAGGGGUACGGGGAGAAGAGGUCAAACCAGCGCCCUCCGACCCUUGUUUUUCUUUUGUACUGGAGAAAACGUGUUUACAUGGACCACUGAGACCGGACCAAGGCCAUCCCAACUGCUGUGUUGUCUGCUCUUAGGAGAGAUGAGAGUAUCCUUGCCCCUGUGGGGCGAUGCCCCGGCUGAGCGCUGGCCUCUCUGCUAUCUAAAGGCGCUGCUUAGAGCCUGGGAUCCCCACGGCGCCGCGGAACCGCUCAUUUCUUCCAAAGGAAGCAGGCACCCCGGUGCUCGCUCCCGCGAGGCAGCUGGGUUCUUCCCAGCACCACCUCUUUGCUUCACACUUGAGAGGAGGCUUUGAAGAGGCUCCACCUCGGAGGGGACGCGUUCAAAGAAAUGUCAGCUUGCCGUAGCGUCUUUUAGGCCCAUCCUUUAUUUAACAGAGAGGGGAAAGAAAAAAAAAACAAAACAAAACCGAACCCACCAUGGCUUUAAAAACAAAAGCAAAGCGGCGUGCACGCGGAGCUCCCCGCAGCGCCGUUUGCAGCAGGCUGCUCUGGUUGCUCCGGAGCCUUCGUGGGGACAAAAGCAGUUGUGAUGUGCUUGAGAAACACAAGCACUCCCGCGGGAUCUGGUUUGGUUCAGAGGGAGCGUGGCCUCUUCUGGCUGGAAGGAAUCGGGGAGCGCCGCGUCGGGGCGAGAGGGAGAGGGGUUCUUUUUCCAUAGCGAGGAAGAGUGGUUGCCCUUUGGUUUUUUUUUUUUUUUUUUCCCCUUUUUGUUUUUUUUUUUUUAACCUCCACGUUGAUGCCCAGGGCCCUGUUGAUUUUUUUGUUGUUGUUGUUGUUAGAGCUGUAUGGGAAGAGAGUGCCUGCUUGUGUGCCCGGAGCCGCGUGGCGAGGGCCCGGGGUGUGCUGCAGAGCGCUCACGUGUAUGUGUUGCUUUUAAUUUAAGGAGAAGCUGUUCUGCUUGCAGCAGCCCGUUCUGUCUCACCGUGUCCGUGUGCCAAUGCUGUGUGCCUGGCUCCCGCACCGGGUGCGCGUGCCGUGCCGUGCCCUGCUCUCCUUCGGAUUUCCCUGGCUGUGUAUAUAGACCUUGACCUGUUCUCUGUACAGUGCAUAGGCAGUACUCCUGUUCCUGCACGCAUGGGGGUAGCGGUGCCCCCAGCCCCAUGGUUGCGAGCUCAGUCGCACCCAGCAGCCCCCCCCGCCCCUCAAAUAUCACUUGGGUGUCAUUCCCAAAGCCCGAUGUCGGCACAACCACUCUGUUCUAGCAGCAGGAGCACGGGGCUGGGUUUAGGCUUGGUCUGAAGGCCUCCUCGUUUCUUUUUUUUUUCUUUUUUUCUUUUUUUUUCAGCACCGUUAAAUGUGGUGGUGGUGGAGCACUGAGUUGAUGGUCACGAAUCUGACCCAGCGCAGGCUGGGGGCUGUUUGCUGGGGCUCAUGCAUUGAGGGGGGGGCACGGGCUGAGUGUGGGGCUGCGUUCCCUCCUGCUGCCCUCGUUAACCAGGGAAAGGAGCAAAGCCUUGGUGGGCUGCGUUGUCUGGGAGCAGGGGGCAGCCUGGAGUCUGUGAAGUCUGCGACCUUGUGGCAUUGUUCCGUGUACGGCAUCGUACGGUGGGGAGGGGGAGGAAAGGAAAAAAAAAAAGAAGUACGGAGUUGUAACUUUUCCAUGUAAAGCGUUCUAACUGGCAUUAAACAAGUUGUGAGUUUA